CGGACGUGGAUAUCACAAGAUUCCACAAAACGAGGAUGAUACGAUACCUGUAUCCACCUGAGCCUCCAAACACACCAACAACGACCCCAAAAACAUCGACCCAACCAUCACCCCUCGACCCACUCUGAACUCGCCUCGGCCACGCCUCGAGUGCGACGACCUCUCUCGCCAUCGCAGGACUCCUACCCACAAGCUCGCCCAUGCUGCUGAUGACCUGGGAGGUCACUGAGGGUGUGCUACGGCCGAAGGCCAACCCCCGCGUCGCUUUGGCGUUGGCCCAGGAGGAAUGCCAAAACGGCGGAUGGGUGCAGCUGUCCGAGCCCGGUCCACUGGGGCAAUGGGUCAUCAGUGGCAACUCCUUGCGCGCGAAGGGGAACCCUGGCUUUGUGCUGUGUGCUCGCCGAGACUUUCAGGGGAUUCAUCUUUGGUCCUUCGACGGUCUACCGGACCAGUACGGCCAGUGGAACUUGGAAGACGUGCCGGACGCGCGCAGCCGCGCGCGGACCUCGAGCGACUUCGCACGACCUCGAGCGCUGUCGAGUGGCCAUGGGCUGCUGCGGCCGGUGAUCUCAGAGCUGCAUUCAGCGGUGAUGUUCAGCGAUGAGGAGGAGACCCCAAAGGUUCUGGACAUCCGCAGCGAGCAGUUUGUUAAAGCAAUGCACAGCUUGGUCUUGGUGCUGGAGCGCUUGGGCUGGAGAGUGAGCAGCUGCUUGGAGACUGACAAUGAGAAGCUCACGCGACUCUAUGGGAAAGCUGGAAAACCCAGCUAUCGUGCCUGGCUGCUGUCAGAGACUCCAGUGCAUGAAGCCACGGGCUACCAGGAGUAUGCAGAUGACUCGGCGACCAUGGCAAACCUGUGGAUUGCUCGAAAUCUCAGCUUCUUUGCCGAGUUGUUCUUCUUGCUGGCGGAUGGUUUGGAGACCUCCGAUGGUGUGAACCUCGCCUAUGCUCGAAGCCUUCAGGAGCAUCAUUCCUUCCUGCAGCGUCAGGCC